GCGGGAGCGGACGGCUGGUGGGCGAGCAAGAGGCGGCGGAAUGGUGGACUACCACGCGGCGAACCAGUCGUACCAGUACGGCCCCAGCAGCGCGGGCAAUGGCGCCGGCGGCGGGGGCAGCAUGGGCGACUACAUGGCCCAGGAGGACGACUGGGACCGGGACCUGCUGUUGGACCCGGCCUGGGAGAAGCAGCAGCGCAAGACCUUCACAGCCUGGUGCAACUCCCACCUGCGGAAGGCCGGCACGCAGAUCGAGAACAUCGACGAGGACUUCCGAGACGGGCUCAAGCUCAUGCUCCUCCUGGAGGUCAUUUCAGGAGAGCGGCUGCCUAAGCCGGAGCGUGGCAAGAUGAGGGUUCACAAGAUCAACAACGUGAACAAAGCACUGGACUUCAUCGCCAGCAAGGGUGUCAAGCUGGUCUCCAUUGGCGCCGAGGAGAUUGUGGACGGCAAUGCAAAGAUGACCCUAGGCAUGAUCUGGACCAUCAUUCUCAGGUUCGCCAUCCAGGACAUCUCUGUGGAAGAGACCUCUGCCAAGGAAGGACUCCUCCUCUGGUGCCAGCGGAAGACAGCGCCGUACAAGAACGUCAACGUGCAGAACUUCCACAUCAGCUGGAAGGAUGGCCUGGCCUUCAAUGCUCUGAUUCACCGGCACAGACCUGAGCUGAUCGAGUACGACAAGCUGAGAAAGGACGACCCUGUCACCAACCUGAACAAUGCCUUCGAGGUGGCUGAGAAAUACCUUGACAUCCCCAAGAUGCUGGAUGCGGAAGACAUCGUGAACACUGCCCGGCCCGACGAGAAGGCCAUAAUGACCUAUGUGUCCAGCUUCUACCAUGCCUUUUCGGGAGCGCAGAAGGCGGAGACUGCCGCCAACCGGAUCUGCAAGGUGCUGGCCGUCAACCAGGAGAAUGAACACCUGAUGGAAGACUACGAGAGACUGGCCAGUGACCUCCUCGAGUGGAUCCGCCGCACCAUCCCCUGGCUGGAGGACCGCGUGCCCCAGAAGACCAUCCAGGAGAUGCAGCAGAAGCUGGAGGACUUCCGAGACUACCGGCGCGUGCACAAGCCGCCCAAGGUGCAGGAGAAGUGCCAGCUGGAGAUCAACUUCAACACGCUGCAGACCAAGCUGCGCCUCAGCAACCGGCCCGCCUUCAUGCCCUCCGAGGGCCGCAUGGUCUCGGACAUCCACAAUGGCUGGCAGCACCUGGAGCAGGCCGAGAAGGGCUACGAGGAGUGGCUGCUGAACGAGAUCCGGCGGCUGGAGCGGCUCGACCACCUGGCUGAGAAAUUCCGGCAGAAGGCCUCCAUCCACGAGGCCUGGACCGACGGGAAAGAAGCCAUGCUGAAGCACCGAGACUACGAGACGGCCACCCUGUCCGACAUCAAAGCCCUGAUCCGUAAGCACGAGGCCUUCGAGAGCGACCUGGCCGCACACCAGGACCGCGUGGAGCAGAUCGCCGCCAUCGCCCAGGAGCUCAAUGAACUGGAUUACUAUGACUCCCACAACGUCAACACCCGCUGUCAGAAGAUCUGUGACCAGUGGGAUGCCCUGGGCUCGCUGACCCACAGCCGCAGGGAGGCCCUGGAGAAAACAGAGAAGCAGCUGGAGACCAUUGACCAGCUGCACCUGGAGUAUGCCAAACGGGCGGCGCCCUUCAACAACUGGAUGGAGAGCGCCAUGGAGGACCUGCAGGACAUGUUCAUCGUCCACACCAUUGAGGAGAUUGAGGGCCUGAUCUCAGCCCACGACCAGUUCAAGUCAACCCUGCCGGACGCUGACAAGGAACGGGAGGCCAUCCUGGCCAUCCAUGGGGAGGCCCAGCGUAUCGCCGAGAGCAACCACAUCAAGCUGCUGGGCAGCAACCCCUACACCACCGUCACGCCCCAGAUCAUCAACUCUAAGUGGGAGAAGGUGCAGCAGCUGGUGCCAAAGCGGGACGACGCCUUGCUGGAGGAGCAGACGAAGCAGCAGUCCAACGAGCACCUCCGCCGGCAGUUCGCCAGCCAGGCCAACGUCAUGGGACCCUGGAUCCAGACCAAGAUGGAGGAAAUCGGGCGCAUCUCUAUCGAGAUGAACGGGACCCUGGAGGACCAGCUGAGCCACCUGAAGCAGUACGAGCGGAGCAUCGUGGACUAUAAGCCCAACCAGGACCUGCUGGAGCAGCAGCACCAGCUCAUCCAGGAGGCCCUCAUCUUCGACAACAAGCACACCAACUAUACCAUGGAGCAUCUGCGUGUGGGCUGGGAGCAGCUGCUCACCACCAUCGCCCGCACCAUCAACGAGGUGGAGAACCAGAUCCUGACCCGAGACGCCAAAGGCAUCAGCCAGGAGCAGAUGCAGGAGUUCCGGGCCUCCUUCAACCACUUCGACAAGGACCAUGGCGGGACACUGGGGCCUGAGGAGUUCAAGGCCUGCCUCAUCAGCCUGGGCUACGACGUGGAGAAUGACCGGCAGAAGCAGACAGGCAGCAUGGACGCCGACGACUUCAGGGCUCUGCUUAUCUCCACAGGAUACAGCCUGGGUGACGCCGAGUUCAACCGCAUCAUGAGUGUGGUGGACCCCAACCACAGCGGCCUGGUCACCUUCCAAGCCUUCAUCGACUUCAUGUCCCGGGAGACCACAGACACAGACACGGCAGACCAGGUCAUCGCCUCCUUCAAGGUCUUGGCCGGGGACAAGAACUUCAUCACAGCUGAGGAGCUGCGCCGGGAGCUGCCCCCAGACCAGGCAGAGUACUGCAUUGCCCGCAUGGCGCCCUACCAGGGCCCUGACGCCAUGCCGGGUGCCCUCGACUACAAGUCCUUCUCCACAGCCCUGUACGGCGAGAGCGACCUGUGAGCCCCAGACCCCCGAGCGCCCCCUCCUGGUGGCCUCCCAGGGGGGACUCAGGCAGAGCUCUCCUCUGACUCUGUAUCUAUGCAAAGCACUCUGUCCAUCCGCUGGGGGGUAGGGGCACAGGAGGGCAGGCUUUCCUUCUCUGCUCGCUGGCACCCCAGGUUUUUCCCACCCUCCGGAGGGAGGAGCGAGGAGCGAGGCUCUGGCCUGGUAAAUGUAUAUGAUGUGGUCUUAUUUUUAUUUGAUGGGUUUGUUUUUUUUAAGUGGAGGGGACAUGCCCUGGGGAUGCCCCUGCUCACCUGGCCCCGCUGAGGUCCCUACAAGGCCUCCCACAUCUAGGCCAAAGCCCCACGUGCCUUGUCCAGGAGCCCAGGCCCUGAGAUAGGGCCACAGCUGCCCUCAUCGCCUGCGAUUGCCAGGUGAGCCCCGGCCCGGCCCGCGUGCGGUGCUGUGGGCUGGCAGUAGGCCCGCCGCUGCAGCCUCGCCUCUUUCAGAUUUUCUAAGGACCAAAAAAAAAUACACACACACACGAAAAACUAUUAAAAAAACUUUCAGAGAAUUACUAUUUACUUUAUGAACUUCUGGAUUUAUUAUAUAAAUAUAUCUUCACCUAGCAACAUAGCUCUGUGCUUCUUGUAAUGAAAGUAGCGGUUUGCCCCCCCGCCUUGCCCGACAGGACUCCCAGGAGGAGGGGGAGCGCUGGCCUGGCUGCCUUUUAGUUGAUGGUUGUGCGCCCUUGUUUAUUUCCUUGUUUUUGUUUUGUUUUGUUAGUUUAUUCUGAUUGAUUUUUUUCUCUUGGUUUCUGGAUAAACCACCUUCUGGGGCAGGAAUAAACAUGUAAUAUUUUUAA